CCUCACGGAUCUGCACGCGCUUUAUGGAAAUAGCGAGUGUGGAGCGCGCGGAGGAGCGCGUGUCGAGUUUAAAGAUGCUGAAAGACAUUAAAAUCGAAGAUCGACUGAUGCGGACUGAUGAGGGAUCACUGGAUGGUUUCAUGGGUGCCUCCCUGCAGCUCCAGCAGGCCGUGUGUGAGGGCUGCACGCGGAUCAUCUCGGACCGUUUCCUGAUGCGGGUCAACGACGCGUCCUGGCACGAGGAGUGUCUGCAGUGCGCCGCGUGCCAGCAGCCGCUCACCAACACCUGCUACUGCAGAGACACGAGACUGUACUGCAGGAAGGACUACCAGCAGUUGUUUGCCACCAAGUGCAGCGGCUGUCUGGAGAAGAUAGCACCCACAGAGUUUGUAAUGCGAGCUCUGGAGAGUGUUUACCAUCUCAGCUGCUUCUGCUGCUGCGUCUGUGAGCGCCAGCUGUGCAAAGGAGACGAGUUUGUUCUGAAAGAAGGUCAGCUGCUGUGCAAGAGUGACUACGAGAGGGAGAGGGACCUGCUCAGCACAGUCAGUCCAGACAACUCAGACUCAGAUAAGAGUGAGGAUGAGGAUGUGGAUGUGAAGUCAGAGAAGUGCCCCGCAGCAGGGAAAGGCAACAAAGACCCCCGCCGGCCCAAACGGCCACGCACCAUCCUCAACACCGUGCAGAGGAGAGCCUUCAAGGCCUCCUUUGAGGUCUCCUCUAAACCCUGCAGAAAGGUGAGAGAGACCCUGGCUGCGGAGACGGGACUCAGUGUACGUGUGGUCCAGGUCUGGUUCCAGAAUCAGAGAGCAAAGAUUAAGAAGUUAGCCCGCAGACAACAGCAACAGCAGGAGCAACACAACAGCCAAAGGCUAGGCCAAGAGGGGAUAUCAGGUUGUAUGGAGGGACUGCUCAGCUCCUACUCAGGGCAUCUACCUCCAAACCAGCAGCAGCAGCUGGUGACCAUGGAGCACAACGGCUACAACACUGACCCCUUCCAGCAGGGCCUCACGCCACCACAGAUGCCCGGUGACCACAUGAACCCCUACGGCACUGACUUCAUCUUCCAUGACAUCGACAGCGAUGCCUCUCUGACGAGUCUAAGUGACUGCUUCAUGGCCACUCCAGAUGUAGGCUCCUUUCAGGCUCGGGCGGGGAACCCCAUUGACCGCCUGUACUCCAUGCAGACCUCCUACUUUGCCUCUUGAGACAGCCCACCAUCACUGUUCAUCCCAGGGCAUGAACGGUGAUCACACAACAGUGAAGACACACAGGCUCCAGAAUUGUCCUGCAAGACAUGAAUCAGUAAGCAGGGAAUAAGUGACUGCAGGACAGAAUCCACCAAAUAUACCUGACUGACCUCCACCAGCCAAAGGAAAGAGAAAACUUGAAACUGAAACUUCUCGUGACACCUGCUGUCUGCACGGCGGGGGAUUGAAGCAGUGUAGGCCUACAUUUGGCUUUUCAACUGGGUUCAUUUUGUUGGAGAGAUAGCUGUCAAUAUGUGUACAGAUAUCACAAUGGAAGUGUUUAUUAGUGGUAUGGAAAGUUGGAAAAUUGAGUUCAAAUCAAACAGUGUCACAGAAACAAACAGUUUAAUAGGUGCAGGUAACAUUUCGUUUUGCAGGUCUUCAAAUUUCAUGGUAAUUAGGUGAUAAUUAGCAAGUAACCAAUUUGAAAUAUCUUUGGAAUUACUGCCAAAUUACCCCAAUAUUUACCUCAAAAUAAAUUUCACAUAGGUUACUUGCUAAUUAUCACCUAAUUGCCAUGAAAUUUGCGAACCUGUAAAAUGAAGUGUUACCUAGGUGCAUUAAUAGUGUUGUUGAUAAAGUUGUUUUUAAUGGGACAAUUAAGCAAAUAUAGUUUUGGUGAUGUAUUUUUAGCCGACUACCAAGCUUUCCUGGUGUUGGUCUGUGAGCCAACUGAUGUAUAUAACGUUCUAAAUGUAAUUACUGUUCUUCAGAAACAGCCAGUUUUGCAUGUUAGAGCCGACAGCGAUUUAUUUAUUUCUCAGCAACGUGCUGGUAUACAGUAAAUCAAACAAAUCUAUUUAAAAAGACAAUAUGAUCCCAUUGUAAAGUACAAAAAAAAAAAAAAUAAUUCAUUGAUUAUUUGAUUCUGCUAUUUAUCAUGGUAUUUGUGUUGUUUAAUGAGUGUGUAAAUUACUAUUGUUUUGUUAUUUAUUUUUCCAUUGAGAUCAUCUGGACAUUAUCAAGAAGGCAUUUUUAAUUUGCUAUCUUACCAAAAGUGUCAGAACUUCAAAUAAAAAAUGCAUUCUCUUGAA